AUGUCGUCCCCUCCCAGCACUCCCACCCAGCGGCCUGCAUCUUCGCACCGCCGACACCCCUCCAGCCUAGACAUGUCACACAACACCGCAUCGAGACGGCAGUCCUUCACCCGCCGCAACUCUGGCUACUCGCCCAUAACGCCGCGCUCAUCGCAUGAAUUCGAACACAGCCCUGCGCACCAAUUCGACGGCGGAGGAGACGGCAAUGGCUUGGGCAACUUGGCCGACGAGCUCGGCGAGAUGUACGACGAUGAUGACGAGGGCAUGGAGGGCGAAUACGGCGAGGAACUGGACGAGGCACAAGACGAGAACAUCGGCACGGCUGUAGAACACGACGGCUCUUAUGGAGUCGACAGCGCAGCUAGCCUCAACGGUGUACGGGAUAGUGGGGUUGCCAUGCAGGACUCGUCUCCGGCGCGCCUCAGUCCAGGGUCGGCCGUUAAGACGAAAAAGCACACAAGGCAACGGUCGCUGUACGAUGGCUCCGACUACGGUGACGACUCUGACCUGGAAAAUGAGGGCAUCUCGCCCGCGCUCGACGCGCGGAUGGCUGCUAUCGAGAGUCUGGCACGGAGAGGCAUGGAGGAGAAUGGGAGCGCAUCGGACGAGGUGGUGAAGAGGGUUACACAACAACUCCGAGAUCUUGGCAGCCAGAUUGCUAUGGAGAACGGAGCGACGAGACUAAAGACUGCCCAUGAGGCUCUGACAACGCAUCUGACACACCAAUCGCGUACCCUCACGUCCAUCGCCGUAUCCUUCUCAGGCCCGUUCGCCAUCUUUCCCGACCCAGAGGACAUCGACGAACUUCUCCCCAUCAUACAGACCACACUGGAGCUGCUACCCCACCCUUCCGCCGAUCCGCUCGUUGCCAUUUCCCACCUCACCCACUCCAGCCGCGAACUCAUCCAACACCUCUCAAACGUCAGCGAUACCCUACACAUGUCACGGCAAACUACGGCGAAUGCAGCCAGACGGCUCAAAGUCAGCAAAGAGCAACUGCAGGACUGGAAACGCGACAACGAAAAGACGCAAGAAGGACAGGAAUACAUUGAGCAUGGGGACUGGGACCGACGGCUCAAAGAGAGGGAGGCGAAACGGGCUUGUGCAAACGUGCUGGAUGGGUUUGAGGACGUCUGUGGACAAUGGAGGAAGAGACUUUGUGAGGGUCUGGGCGUUGCGAGCGCGGAUGUCCCGGACGAGGACGCAUACAUUCGCCCUUAUUGGCACCCUGCCUCCGCCAGCACAGUGCCGGAACCGCCGGCAGAGUCUGAGUGGUCAGACUGCACUCCGGUGAAGGCGGCGCCCAAGAAGCCGACUCAACAAACCAGCACAGACUCGAUGUUUCCAAACUCUUCGGAUGAGAUGCAUUGA